GGGGGAGAGAGAGAGGCAGAGAAAGAGAGAACGAUCCAGUUAACGGAACAGCUCUAAGAGGACAAGCAUCUCUAACAGACGCACGGCAGGCACACACUCACUCACUCUCUCGCACAUUCAAACAUACACACACACACACACACACGCCGACACACUCCGUCUCCCACGCAAACGCUCUCGAGCAGCCACAGCCGGAGCCGAGGACGCCACGGAGGAAGACGACCACUCAGACACCACAACAGCAGGUCACCUACACCUCUACAGAUGGGGCCUGGAUUGUUCUGGAACUUCCCGCCAAAGGCUAGCUGCACAGUUCCUCAGAGUCUGCUGCAGAACAUGUUGCUCUCCAGGAUGGCUGCGAUGAAGGAGCAGCAGUUUACUGAGGAGAAACCCCUGUUGCCCGAGCAACGAGGACAGGACACAGAGAUGGAGAACUGCGAGACCAUGACAGUGGUUGGUGACUGGCAGGAGCAUGAUGUGGAGACGCCUUAUGGGAUGCUGCAUGUGGUGAUCCGGGGGGCCCCCAAGGGAAACAAGCCAGCCAUCCUCACAUACCACGAUGUGGGGCUCAACCAUAAGCUGUGCUUCAACUCUUUCUUCCAGAAUGAGGACAUGCAAGAGAUCACUAAGCACUUUGUGGUGUGUCAUGUGGAUGCUCCAGGACAGCAGAUAGGAGCGUCCCAGUUCCCUCAAGGGUACCAGUAUCCCACCAUGGACCAGCUGGCUGGCAUGUUGCCCACUGUCCUGCAGCAUUUUGGAUUUAAGAGCAUUGUGGGAAUUGGAGUUGGAGCUGGUGCCUACGUUCUGGCCAAAUUGGCACUGAUUUUCCCAGACCUAGUGGAAGGCCUUGUCCUGCUCAACAUUGACCCGAAUGGGAAGGGCUGGAUUGACUGGGCAGCAACCAAGCUGUCUGGACUCACCAGUGCCCUGCCAGAGACAGUCCUGCCUCAUCUCUUUAGCCAGGAGGAGCUCAUGAACAACACUGAGCUGGUGCAGAACUACAGACAACAGAUCAACACUGUCAAUCAGUUCAACCUGCAGCUCUUCUGGAACAUGUACAACAGCCGUCGGGACCUUGAAAUGAACCGCAUAGGGACAGUGCUGAAUGCCAAGACACUGAAGUGCCCAGUCAUGCUGGUUGUUGGGGACAAUGCUCCAGCUGAAGAGUGUGUGGUUGAGUGUAACUCCAAGCUGGACCCAACUAAGACCACCUUCCUGAAGAUGUCCGAUUCAGGUGGACUUCCACAGCUCACCCAGCCUGGAAAACUGACUGAGGCGUUCAAAUACUUCCUUCAGGGGAUGGGCUACAUUGCAUAUGUAAAGGAUCGCAGGUUGAGUGGAGGGUCAGUGCCCACGGCGAGUAUGACCCGGCUUGUUCGCUCUCGGACGGCGUCGCUGACCAGUGGCAGCUCCCUGGAAGGCUCUCGCUCGCGCGCCUGCACUCAGUCGGACAGCAGCGAGGGGGUGGCCCAGCUCAGCCACACCAUGGAGGUGUCCUGCUAAGCACACUCCAUGGGAGAGGGAGGGAGAGAGAGGAGGAGGAGCAGGAGCAGGAGGGGGAGGAGAGAGAGAGGCAGGGGAAGAGGAGGAAGAGAGAGAGAUGGAGAGACAAAGGGGGAAGAGACAGGAAGAGAGAAAAGGGAGAGGGGGGUGUAUAGAGGCAGGAGGGUGGAGAGAUAGGAUGGAGAUGGGGAGAGGUGUGGGCUGUGCUGGCUACGUUGCUUGACCACUCUCUAUCUCUCAGAGUUGUUCUCUUCCUCUUCUCCUUCUCUGUUUUAGCCUAGUUCCACCCAGCCACCCAUCCGUCCCUGUACAAACAGAUGGAAACCUGUCCUUUCCCCCCUUCUUUCAACAAAAACAUUGAAAGCCAUUUUGCUAUGUCACCUGCUUUCUCUUUUUUUCUCUCUUGUCUGUGAGAUUGUGAGUAUUACUAUUUUCUGACCCCAACAAACACCUACUGCCAAACCACAAACACACACACACACUGCCAAACCACACACACACACUGCCAAACCACAAACACACACACACACUGCCAAACCACACACACACACACACACACACACACACACAUUGCCAAACCACACACACACAUAUACUCUGCCAAACCACACACACACACACACACACACACACACACACACACACACACACACACUUGUCCCAUGAAGAGUGAUUCUAAGGGCUUUGAGGAGUGGUACUGAUUUUGAGCUCAUAACCCAAAGACCAAGAGGAUAUUAGAGAGUCGCCACAGAACCAAGAGCACACACACACACACACACACACACACACAUAAGAGCACACACACACACACACACUCCCUCUCAUACACUCUACACACCCACAUGCUGACCAGACACUCCACUGAAGGGCAUAAGGACCUGCCAGCUGACGCUAUGACCAUGUUCAGGGACCUGGACAUAGGGGUCAGAGGAAGUCACCUCUGGGUGGUCAGUUUCGCCAAGCAGAGACGCUUAACGUGACGUCCCGACAGACGUUCAGACAGAGAGGGACUUUUAGGAGAUGUGACCGUAGAAUCAGGUGAGCCACCCACUCGUCAGAACGGAGCAUGCACCUGUUCACCCAAUCCCAGACCAAGCUGCACCACAGCCCAGCAUAGACACCACCCAGCCCAGCCCAGCCCAUGUGCAGUCAGUGUGCACUUAGCAGCAGCCUGGCACAGCCCAGCCUAACCCAGCUACAAUUCAGCUAUAGCCCAGCUAUGGCUCAGCUCAAGCCAAAGCCUGUCCUCUCCUAGAUCCAACACCAUGUUUAUACCAAAGCCACACACACACACACAGACAUGCACAUAGACACACACAGUUAUUAACGCUCGCACACACACACACACGCGCAUGCAUGCACACACGCACAAACGCACACACACAACACACACACACAGAUAGGUCUACUAGUAUGAGACCACAUAUUGCGGACUGAGAAUCAGCCCUCCUGGGGUAACAGACAUGCAGACAUGUAGACACACACACACACACACACACACACACACACACUACACAUUCUGGAGCUGAUUUGGCUAACAUUAGUCUGAUUCACUGUAUUGUUCAUACUGUAUUGAGCCUGGAGCUCCCGGUCCCCAAUCACACACAGACACCGUAGAGCUGGCUCAGGGUCAACCGUGAAGAGGAGGAGAUAGCCCAGAUAGCUAACUAACCCUGGGGUGGGACCUGGCCCUGUCCUGUUGAGAUGGAGGUCCGCUUCGCCAUGUCUGUCUGUGAGCGGUGGGGCUAUCUGGAGCUAGCUGCUCCAAGCUCAGAAUGUAGGGUAAAGCCCUCUCUUAAACCCCCCUCCCUUCUCAUACAACGCGGUGCCCCGCGGCUCACAGACGCUCUCAGCGGCCCCUCUCCCGCUCAUCACCUGGCCGUCAAAACCCCCGUGAAGCUACGGCCGUCAGCUACGCGAAGCUCCGGCCCCUGCACUGACCUUUCGUCACACGGCACCAGCCUCUACUCGGACAUGCGGUGCCCAGAGUCCACAGACGUGGCCUUAAAACUCUCCUCAAGUGGUGCCCAGGCCCUUACCUCUCCUCUCUGCUACCCGAAGGCUGCUGCCGCCGCCGCUGCUGCUACAUUCACAUAUGUGCUAGACACACAGUCACAGAAAAUACCCCUGUAGUUGUAGCUCUGAGGUCUGGAGAACUGGCUGGUACUGUAAGUGUAUAAAAAAGCCGCAGAUUUACUCACUGACGGACAACAACAAUAGGAAGCAGUUGCCCACACCAUACACUACAUGCUUUAUAGCAGAGAGUGAGGUGAGGGAGAGAGAGAGGACAUAGACAGUGGACAGAAACCUGUGGAGGUGUGUGUGUGUGUAUGAGAGAGAGAGAGUGCAAGCAGUGAGAACGUAAGUUCAGGAAUAUGUCUUUAGAGAAGGAUAUUGGGAUUGUUAUUAACAUAAAAAUGCAGUGCUUGUUUAUUACAGGCUGACCACCUUAUUGCAAAGAACAUGGGACACACACACAAACACUCACACAAACUCUCUACCAUCUUCUCUCUUCCAUAUACAUAUAAAUAUAUCUAAUAUAUAUGAAGUGUAUUUGCCUCUUCCGCUCCUUGCCUCUGUUUGCAUGCUCUGUUAGUCAUGACGGUACAAGCCUGUGCUAUUGUCUUACCUCCGUGUGACGUAGAGAAUAUUUCGCCUGUGGCUCCUGAAUGUACUACCUUUGAAAGUGCUGUACAGUCCCAGCCCUUCCUCCGGCCUGGCCCACAGCUCCCUGCACUCUAGCUAGAAACUUUGUUGUUUUGUUUUCUUUUGCUUUUACUUUGGUGACCCAGACAGCGCUGCUGUCUUUCUCUGGCCCGGAUCCGGCUCUGAUGUGGCGCUGAGGCCUCGUCCGAGCCCAAGUUCCGGCCCCACGUGUUGUCAUUGCAAUGGAGCAUCAUUCCAUUCGAAAAACUGAGCUCUCCUCUUUUUAUAUUUUAAUUAGUAGUUCUUCUCCAGCCAUGUAGAGGUUUUUUUUGUUUUGUUUUUGUUUUUGAUGUUUUAUUGAUAUCCAUAAUAAUACUAUUAUCAUUACUACUGUUAGCAUAACUGAAUUUGUAAUGAGCAAUACGUUGUGUUAAUAGACAGACUGAUUUAGUUUGAGUCUUCCUGCCCAGAGAGGACCUGACCCUGGUGCUGACCCUUGCCAGGUCAAGUGUCAAAGGUCAGGGUCAGGGCCUGUCUGGGUGAGUCUUGAGGCCAGGAGCAGCGUCCUGUCUCUCCAUAGCAACAGUGUUAAUGAAAUAUGUACAGAACAUCUAUAAAGGAAAUUGUCACUCUGUGUUCCGAAUAUGAAUCAAAUAAAGAAUUCUAGAAAGAAAA